AUGGCAGCGACCUUCGCCAGCACCAUCCUUGGCCAGCCCGAGAUCGCGUCGAUGGUGUUUGAGUUUCAGUUUGGCUCGUAUGAAGACGUGCGCCCGGCCUUUCGCGCCUGUCAUGAGCUCGUGGAGCUUGGCGCUAGCCGACACCGUGUGUACAUGUGCGAUCCGUUCUUUCGCCAAGCGUUUGCGCCCAACGCCACGUGGUCCGACGGUCAUCUCAAGUACAUCGCCCCAACGAA